AUCACUUUAUAUCUUCCAACGUUUCAGCCCUUGGUUUGGGCCUUCCUCAGGGAGAUCUAAAAUUGGGGUUUAUUUAUUAUGUUGGGAUUGUGGUUUAUGUUUUUUACAAAAAAUACUCACUAUAGGCGUACCGCUAGCGUUUCAUAGCCCGUUGCUGGGCUGUGCACUGAAAUAAUUCUGUCAACCUAUUCUAUCAGUAACUACAUUUAAGUUAUAUCUCAAGUCUGACACUGCCAUUUCAACUGAAUUGUUAUACGUAUCAUGUCACAAACAGUUCACAUUGAACACUGUUCUAAUAAAUUUUAAUAACACUAGCCCAUGUCGAAGUUAUAUGCACACUACAUGGCCAGUACACUGGCUUUGCAUAUAACUUUGACACGCGCACAGCCCAGUGGAAAUUAUAUGCGUGUUUGUCAUGUUGACGGCAGCAUUUCGGUGGCAUGAUAAAAAACAACAAUGGCGGACAAAGUGGAGCAGUUGCUGGAGGAUUCCGGUUUGCCGAUCAGUUUUUUCAAUCUUCUUGGGGAUUUGAAUAUUGGAAUUCAAGAGUUGUCGACAAUAACCGCUGAUGAGCUGGAAGAAGCUUUACAGCGCACCUGUUUAAGCGAAGGCUACGUGUGGAACACAAAACAAAUUUUUGAUCGCAUAUAUCAGUGGCAACAGAAAAAUGUAAGUGUUUAUUUUCUGCAUGAUAAUUAUUUUGCUAAGAAUAUUUACAUUAUCUAUUCAAUGCAGCAACUUGCGCUUCAAACAUUACCGAAACACGAGCAGAUCCCUGCGGAUGAACGUCAGGAUUUGACAGGAGAAACUGCCGCCUCUCGGAUCGAAGCAUCUGAUCCGCUUCCGUUGCCAGAAAAAUCGAUUGAAUUUGUAAAAAUCAGUGACGGCCAAGAGAAAGUAGAAACCUCGGAUAGAUCGUGUUCCUUCGAUGCCGGCUGCAGUUACCGCAAGUCUGACCAGAUUCUAUUAACUGAGUCUGUGAUCGGGCCCAGCCGUUCUAGCCUCCUUCGGCCGGUCAGUCAGGAGAUAACCGCAGCGGAACAGAUUCUAUUAACUGAGUCUGUGAUCGGGCCCAGCCGUUCUACCCUCCUUCGGCCGGUCAGUCAGGAGAUAACCGCAGCGGAACAACCAACGCAGAGCAGCAGUCUACAGGAUCCGACAUUUACACUGUUGGUGAAUGCUCCAGAAGACGGCGAGUUUCUAAGUGAUGCCACGAACACCGAACAGGUAGUUUUGUGAAUUUAAUUACCGUGAAACGAGCGGUGAAUGGCGGUAAUUGUAUUUAUGUUUUUUUUUCUUUUUUUUUUGUAGCUUUUCAACAACCUCGAUACUGAUGACGGCGGCGGCCACGGUACUGGGCAGGCUUUGGUGAGUACCCAAGUCAGUGUUAAGUCUGAAACAAUAUACCCGGAACGGACACUAAUCACCCAAAGCCAACACCCAUCUCAAAAUCAGACAUCCUUGCUGAGCAGCACUUCGCAAGAUUCGGCGAUUUUGCUGUUUGUAAAAGCUCCGGGGAGCGCCGCAUCUCCAGACCAAUCCAGACAGGUACUUCCGCAAGCUUCAAUUUAUAUUGGUGCUUAUGACUAACAGUAUUUUUCCUUUCCUUUUAGCUUCUUAGCAACCUCGAGUCAGACGACUGCAGUGGCCACGGUUCCGGCCAGGCAUUGGAGGGUACGAAUUCUAUCCAAUCGAGCAUCAAGGUUCAGGAACCACUUGUCCGAAAAACAUCCGUGCUGUCGAGCAAUGCUCCAGGAGGCUCUGUAUCGUUGAAGGACAUCACAAAUAUAAAACAAGUAUGUAUUCAAAACAAGUUUGAAUUAUUCUCGCAUGCGAGAAGUGAAAUCAAGUUAUAUUAAUCUGAAAGUACUUGCACAUUUCAUUGCUACAACUGACGGGUUUUCUUUUCUAUUUUUGUUUUCAGCACUCGAGUGAUCAAAAUGCUGCCGGAUGUAGUGGUAGCGGUAGUGGAUUGGGCGUAGUUGACGAGAAUUUAGUCGGGCGGAAAUUGUUCAGUCCGUCAGCACUACUGCAUUUAUUGAACUCGACUGAACUCGGAAAGGAUAUUAUUCGUCGAUCAGAAGUUGGAGAACUGUCAACCGGACGACAACACGAGCUGGCAGGAAUAGUUGCAGAAUGGCACUUGGCGAACCGGACACGGGUGACACAAGAAGAUCUUGAAGAAUAUGCAGCUACUGUCACAGCAGUAUUCCA